GUGGAUCAGAACAUAAAAAACUUCAGUGUCCAUCAUGCAUGUGUUUAACUACCAGAAGAUUUAUGUCAUUUAAGAACGACUUCAGGGGUUAAAAAGACAAAGAAAAACGAGAAAGAGGGAGGAAAAGAAGAAGCGCUGACGAACGACUGUGACCCGUUUCUUCAGUAUGGCCAGCACCCAGACCAGUUUGAAACCCCCCUUUAAAGACUUGACCUCAUUCAAGGGCAACAUGAAGCGGCUGUACAGGGAGCGAAUGGAGGACGCCCCCAUCAAGAAACGAGUGAUGGCGGAGAUCAAUCUGAAGCGGCGCGGCUUGGAUUCCCUUCCCAAAACUCCCAAAGUGAAGCGGGAGCUGGUGGAAGAUCUGCAUCACGACGUUGAGAUGGACUUAGAGGGCCGGGCCGAGCUGCACUUCAUGGGCUCCGGUAAAGCCCUGGACCUGAGUCCAGGCCUCAAACACACACUGGCCCAGUUUACUCUCAGCAGCCAGAGCUCCCUUGGGGGCCCAGCUGCUUUCUCAGCUCGUACAGGCCAUGAGCAUUCUGCUGGUCUGCCCCCCCUGCCCUCCCCUCCUGUCCUGGGAGGGGGCCCUCUGCUGGUUCCCUGUGACAGCUCCACUGAACUCACCCACUCGCUGCUGGAGGGAGAGUCCAUCUCCUGCUUUGUCGUCGGUGGGGAGAAGCGGCUCUGCCUGCCUCAGGUGCUCAACUCUGUGCUACGCGACUUCUCGCUGCAGCAGAUCAACACAGUGUGCGACGAGCUCUACGUCUACUGCUCUCGCUGCGACGCCGAGCAGCUGCACAUCCUCAAGGUGCUGGGCAUCCUGCCGUUCAAUGCUCCUUCCUGCGGUCUCAUUACGCUCACGGAUGCUCAGCGGCUGUGCAACGCUCUCCUGCGUCCCGGAGCCACCCUGCCUGCUGAUCCCAGCGGUAAGCUGUCAGUCCAGGGCCUGCUGAAGGAGAGCGAAGCCAGCUUUCAGGUGGAGCACCAGUGUCUGGGGAAGUGCCAGGGUCUCCUUGUUCCCCAGUUCUACACCCAGCCUGAGGCACACUGCAUCCAGUGUGUUGAAUGCCAGUUGCUCUUUUCACCACAGAAGUUUGUCAUGCAUUCACACAAGUCACCAGAUAAGAGGACCUGCCACUGGGGCUUUGACUCAGCCAAAUGGCCGUGCUACCUGCAGCUUGCCAGGAAGUACCAGGGGACCCCUGAGGAGCCCAGACUUAAGCAGCUGCUCGACGAAGUCAAAGAGAAGUUUCACUAUCAAUUCAAGAGAUCGCUAGACAAAAAGUCAGGAGAGGAAGACGAGAGCCAGCUGAGGAAGACUUCAGUCGGUCUCUGCUCCGCUAGCGACAAGUUAGCUGAUGCUGGACCAGCGAGAAAGGGGAAGCCAUCUUCACCCGCUCUGGUGUUCAAUCGUCUUUUUCAAGACAUCAAGGAGGAGCCAGGACACCCCACCCUGGUCCACCCCAGUUACUACCUGUACACCUACGAUAAGAUGGUGGCUCCCAACGUGUCGCUCAGGAGGGAAGCGGAGAUGAGCCCCGAGAUGCUCGGCGCGCUGCUCAAACAUCACUACGGCCGCAGAGCGAUGGGCCACGACGAGCCGCCCAUGGAUCUCCACGCGUCGCCUCCCAUCACUGCUGGCGCCGAGGAGGACAAAUCCCAAACUGCCGCCGCUGUCUUGUCGGCCACCGAGCGGGAACGCCAAACCCAGGCAGUUUCCAUGGAGACGAGCGGCCCGGGCUGCAGGAAAGCCACCCACGUCCCCUCCCACACUCCUCCUCCUCCUCCACCGUCUGCGUUGUCGUCGGAAACGGAAGCAGCAGCUAAGGACGUGAGUGGAGCUGCAGCGACGGCGGGGGGGCUGGAGGACGACAAGGACAGGAUCGUGGUGGAGAUCAUGCAGAUGUACCGCAGGCAGCAGGAGAAGCUCAACUCCACCCUGCACAAGCAGCUGCAGCUGGAAAUGGAGCUGGAGGCGUUGCGAGGGGGCGAAGCGGCGAGGCUCCGGGAGCUGAGCGCAGAGCAGCGGGAGCUGCGCAGCGAGCUGGAGGCGGUGCACAGCGAGCAGGCCCGGCAGCUCAGCCAGGCCCGCCAGGAGCAGCUGGAGCUGGAGACCCGUCUGGAGCAGCUCCGACAGCAGGCCUGCGCUUGUGAACCAGGAGCCCAACGGCAGCAAGAAGCGCACUACACAGCCCAGUUGUCGGAGCUGCGUCAGAGGCUGGAGCAGGCGGAGGCGGACCGGCAGGAGCUGCAGGAGGAGCUGCACAGGGAGCGGGAGGCGCGGGAGAAGCUGGAGCACACCAUCUCCCAGCUCAAGCAGCAGAUGGCCCAGUCUGGCAUGAUGGGAUGCAGCCCGUCUCCCCCUCUCACCCCCUCCACCGGACCCCUGAACGCCCACUCUCCACUUUGCUCUUCAUCAAUGUCUGAGGCCCCCGCGGCUGGCCAAAAGUAACAGCCACCCCUCCCCCCAGGCGCUUCCUCUCUCUGCCAUUCCUCCCCCGCCACAUAUCACCCGCCAACUCUCCAGACACAAACAGUUCAGCCAGAAGCAGAACGGAGCUUCACAUCUCCUCAGGCUGGUUUGGAGUGGAGGAUCAUUGACACCCCCACCACCCGAACAGUAUUUAAAUAUUUUUGGGCAUGUACGUUUGAUUUAAUUUAUAGUUUUUACUGAACAAACAGCUGCUCGAGACAUGAGGUCUAGAAGAGACCAAGUAUCACUAUGUUCCCACUUGUUCCUGGAGCUGAACACUUUGUGGACCUUCUCAUCCUCAGUGAUAACACUUCCAGUACCGAGGGCUCACAGACUGACAGGGUGUGUGCCCCCCCCCCCCUUUUUCUUUAUAGCAAUUACACCCCAAGCAGUCAAAUACAAGCGAGUGUAGGCGACUCAACGAACAUUUCAAUAUUGAUUUUUUCUUUUUUUGUUGUUGUUUUGGACUCCUUAUAAACACAAAUAUACUAUAAGAUGCUAAAAUAUCAAGUCUUUAUGGAGAAAAAAAGACCUUUACUGUACAGAAGAAAUCAUUUGCAGAUGUGAAACCUCAUGAAAAUAUGCCAAUAGUGAUAGUGACUGUUUUGAGUGUAAUCCCGCCCCUUUAAUCCCAUUUUAGAGACAUAAAUAUGGAAUAUUCUGACUAAAGAUCAGUUUCCUUCACUCUGUUCUGCUGCUCGUGGACUGAACCCUCAAUGCUCAUCUUCCACCAGAAACAAAGAAGCAGCACUUAACUGCUUUGAGCGUCAUGUGGGACAGUCACAGGACUCCUUUUCUUGAAAAAGACAAAACGACAGCGUCUCACGUGUGUGGCAGCCUCACUAUGAUAAUAAGUUCUCUGCACAUCGGAGCGUGUCGGAGCGUUGAUGCAGAACAACGGCCUCAGAGUUUCCAGUGGAUGAUCAAAGCUGUGGACUGUCACCCCGCUCCGAGCUGCUCGCAGACGGGUUUAUCCCCGCGCCGUUUGUCUUCUAAGAAUGGGGCUGAAAGCAGAUAGUCCAGUUCGGGUUCUGUUUUCAGGCAGGGGAGGUUUGGUGCUCUCCCUCCCCUCUCGCUGCAUGUUGGGUGGCCCCGACGCCGGGGGUACUGAGGGAGCCCCUCUUUUUUUCUUCUUCAUGUUUUGUGCCACCAUAAUGAGGGCAGCUGCUGCUGUCUGGGGCCCUCGGCCCCACCACCGGGGGGCACCUAGCUCCAGCUCCACAUCAGCAGAAGUCCAGCCAGAGGAACUUCAUUGUGUCAGUUGCCAGACAAAAAGCGCUUUUUAUCGCCACUAAGAAGAUCCCCGAGAGCGACAGUGUGUGUGUGUGUGUGUGUGUGUGUGUGUGUGUGUGUGUGUGUGUGUGUGUGUGUGUGUGUGUGUGUGUGUGUGUGAAAUAACUGUAAUGGGCUCGUCUUUGGCUAAACUGAGCUUUUUUAUGCAUCUGCUAUUAAUGCAAAUUGAUAAGACAUUCCACUGUGCUCCAUCCUGUUCAAUGCAGAUUUUUGUACACAGCUUCCCUUUACCAUAACAGAGCCUAAAGGUGCUCAUUGCAGACUAUAAAAUCCAACAUGACAGCCCCUUGUGCCAUACUGUAUCGAACGGUGCCGUUUAAAGGUUUACUCCGGUAGUUUUACAGCUAUACUGAUAUGCAAUUCUAAAAUGCGGGUACGCAUUCAAUGUAAACAAAGCACUCUGCAGCAAAGCACAUUAAAGCUUGAGUCACGUGGUUACAUUAGGCUGGGCGUGGUCUGAUUAAACAAAGUGGUGGACUCGGACGAGUCUCUGAAAAUACGUUUUAGGUGGAAAAAACAGUGAAUCUGUUGAAAAAGAGCAAAUAAGACAACUCAAGGAUAAAUACCGGGUACAAUUUCUAGACUGGUUUUAACCUAGUCGAUUGUUUUAUCUGCAUGCUUCGCACAUAAACAUGAAUACACCAAAACCGUCCGUCUCCAUCCCACACGGCUCUUCCACGUCACUUCGGCUGUUACCGUAGGUAAACAAACGCACAAGUUAGUUGGCAGCUGCGCACAACUCUUUUAUUAAAGGACGCGCGAACCAUCGGUGCGAGGAAAACACAGUGUUGGUUUUGGUUCUGGGGAAUUUUUGAGGGCGGUGUUCACGACUUUGCAAUGAGCACCUUUAACGAUCGAGCGGCGGAUGGAGGUGGGGUGUUGACGAUCACGAAAGCAAAUCUACAAAUGCCAUAAACGUUUAUUCCAUUAAAACAUUUACUGAAACGAGAGAAAAUAUUUAACAUAUUAACUAAAGAUUUAUAUUCACUUUGUAAAUAAAGUAGUCAUUAAUAUAUUAACUGUUCUUAUAUAAAUAAUCUUCAGAAAGGUAUAUAUCAUUUGGA